GGGACUUGGCUCACUUAUCAAAGCUCAUCCUGUCAGUCAAGUCGAACAACCCCGUCUGAGCCAAUGUCGUCCACUACGAUGCCGCCGUGGAUAUUCGUCUUGCUUUGUACAAUCAGCUUUUUCGGUGAUUUUGACCAAGGCAUCACUAUUGGCGCCCCAGCGCAGUUCCAAUACUUUAUCCAAGUCUCUCACAACACCACCGAACCAGGCGCGUUGCUUGGACUGCUCUCAUCGUCGUUUGUGACCACCAACGCCCUCUCGAUCCCGCUGUUUGGGUACCUCGCGAUGACCACCAAACCGUUUCGAGUCAUUUCCAUGGGGCUGGCCGUGUGGAUCGUUGCCGUGGCCAUCUCAAGCGUUUCCAAGUCCGCCAACAGCUUCGAGCUUUUAGUCGUGGGGCGAUUCCUCAGUGGUGUUGGAGCAGCGUCGUUUCAGUGCAUUGUACCCGCCUUCAUCAACGACCACAGCCCGAGCAGUGUCCAGACGCUGUGGUUGGGUGUGUACAUGAUGUCGGUUAGCCUGGGUAUGAUUUCGGGCAGAAUCGCGGCAUCGACGCUGUCUACAACUUCUUGGGGCUGGAACUCGUUGUAUGCCUUGGAGGGGCUAGCGAUGGUGCCGUUGCUUUUCCUUUGUCGUUUUGGCAUUCCCGACGAGUUCGAUCGGAUCAGCAGAGACGUCACCAACGAAUCCCAAGGCUUGUUGGCGGAGAGUGGUUCCGCGGCCCCAAAGUCGUUUUUCGGUGAAGUGUGUGGGGUUUGUAGCAACGCUGCGUUUUCGUGGUUGAUGCUUGGGUUGGCAAGCUCGGUGUUUUUUAGUUCAGGGUUGACCAUGCUUUCAACGCUGUUGCUGAUUGGCGUUGGCGUGUUUUCGUCGGAAACUGAUGCUAACGUCACGUUGGGAUCCCAAGCACUUGUUGCAAUCUUCGUGGGCACCUUCCUGGGGGGCGUGCUGCUCGAUUGGACGAGCCGCGGGGCAGCUUACAAGCGACAAUACUUUGCGAUUCGUCAACUGGUGCUGGGAUACCCAGUCGCUGCUGGAGUCGUGCUCCUGUCCGUGAUUGCUUUGCCUGACAAAACGUGGUUCCUGGUGUGGAAUGGACUCUCGAUUGUUGUUUUCAGUUCCACGUCCCCAGUUGCGAUGACCGCCAUGUUUCACUCUGUCCACCCGUCGCAACGAUCCCUCGCUGUUGGUUUGAAGUCUCUUGUGCUGCAUGUGUUCGGGGACGUUCCCGCCCCCGUCAUCAUGGGCUACAUCAAGGAUGCUUGGGCUCCUCACUGCAACAGUGUGCUUGUGGACGGCGUCGUAGUGCUUAACCCAGAGUGCCAUCAAGACAAAGAUGGACUCAUCCAAGCCAUGAUGUUUUCAUUAGUGUGGAUGGUGUGGGCCAUUACGUGCUUUGGAAUUGCCUUGUACUUCGCUCGACGGACAAUGCUCAAGGAAGAACGUGCUAAACUGUGUGCAAUUGAUAAUCCAAAAUAAGCUCAUCUCUUUUUAUUAGCUAAUCAUAACAAGGUAACCCAAAUCCCACCAUUCUAUUGGAUCUGCCAAUGAGAUUAUUUCUCG